AAUGUUUAAUCAAGUGCCACAGACUAUGCAUUAAUACAAAACAAUCGGCUGAAUUGGCUGGCCAUUGACUGACAAAAAAUGGCUCAGUCUAAUGAAAAAGUUGAUUUUUCUGGCUUAUUUAAAUUGGAUGUGCUAAUUCAUGCAGAUAUUGUAUCGUACAGUUUCUAUGAAGUCGGUCUAAAGAAGUUUUUUGCAUUUUCAAGUGACAAAGAAUUAUUUUUCAUAUAUAUUGAUCCAUUGUCAAAGAGGUUUGAACGAAAUUAUGAUUGGGACUUCGUGGAUAAUCCAGUUUAUUGCAUGUGUUUUGAGCCUAGUGGGACCUGGACAAUUAUUUUAAGUGAACAGAAAGUGCUUCUAGUACCUUUUCUACCCCAAUUCAUUCCACAAAAUGACUUCGAUCACAAGUGGUCUUUGUCAAGUGUUACUGUUCUUCCACUUGGUAACAUUCCAAAACCUACAUCAGUGGUAUUUUGGCUUACUAAAGAGUCUGAAAAUAUACUCAUAAUUGCAUCUAAGGGCGGAACAAUAUCCUUUUAUUCAUUGGAGACCCAGAGUGUUGUAGGGGAAUGCAAGGUGUCAGGAGAGAUUACAGAUUUACAGAUUUGUUUUGAUGACUCAUUGGAUUUGUUAGCACUUUUGAUUUCGAGCACUAAAUCACAACAGUGGAAAUUAGUAUUAGAGCACAGAUCAUAUGGUUAUAGUUGGUUACAACAAAUCAAAGCUAACGACAGAGAUAAAAAAGAUGGAUUUAUGUCUUAUAUAAAGCAACUAUCAAAGGAUAAAAUUACACUUUUUAUUCAAGGAAGUUCAAAAGAUGAACACAAGUCACAAACGGUGGAGUAUGUAUUGAAACCAACCGAAUACCUUCCGCUGUUUAGAAAAGGUUCGAAUAAUUGGGCAUUGACUGCUCAAUAUGUAAACGGAAGACAUUUCCUGACUGCGUUUGAAUUAAAUGAGGGAACAAUGAUACUUGAAAGCCCUGAAGAAGACACACCAUCUAGAACUCUGAGACCACAAAUAAAAAAGGAUGGUUUAUAUGUACAAGGUUUGUGGUCCCAAAGGUUAAUUUAUCUAUUGAGGAAAAAUGAAAUUGAGGUGCACAGUUCCAGCUUUUCAGUCAUUCAGCACGAAAGCUCACAAGGAGUUAAUCGAGAUUUUACUGAAAUGUGGUCUGCGGAACUCAUCGGCGAUGUGCAGCGCGCUCAUCUUAUGGCUGCUAAAGACGCUUCCACAACAACUGGGGAUUGGCAAGAGCCAACGUUUUUGUGUGAUUUGCAACUACCGAGGUUCACUUUACAACCGUGUUUGAUUGUAACAAACUGCGGUGCAUAUAUAUUGAAUACUAUCUGCGAGGUGUGCGAGUGGCUCGUUGGCACGAUAUGUCGCGGCGGGACGGGCGCGGAGCAGCGCGCGGCGGCGCUGGGCGCGGCGCUGCCCCCGCUGCUGCGCGCCGCCGCGGACCUGCUCAUGUCGCGGGGGAACAUCGCAUCCGCGCACUACCUCUACUCGUUAGCGCAAAGUCCACCAGAUGGCUGGGUAGCCCGACUAGGUGUGUUUGGUCGUCUCCACGAACUGUCCAUGUUUAAACAAUCAGCGAAUGUCGGAAGUCUUGGGAAUGCUGCAAUUAUCGUCAAAUUACUGGCUGUGUUAAUCAAAAUGUCUACUAAUGAAGAAGAAAUAUUCGACUGGGAUGUAAAAUUCACAACUCUUAAUCCGGCUGAACUAUUGGAAUUGGCUUCAUUUGCUGCUGCGGUUGGCUUGUGGGAGAUGCUACCAUUAUUCAGCAUUCACAGAGGAUACCCUAACAUACUUCUCUCAGCAGUAAAGUCUCGAAGUGCUAUAUGCAGAGGAGCUUUAAACUGUCUCCUUAGGGAGCAAUGUGUUGUACCACUGCUGUUGGAAGAAGACAGCCAAUGGCUCCUUGAUUUUAUUAUUGGCAAUUGUGAAAAGUUUGACACCUUCCUACUUAAAUGUCUAUGUUUGUGGUUGAAUCCGUUACAAGACCAACUGCGGCCUGUAAUGAGGGACAUGAAGCAGGGCAUAUCCACAGUUUAUACAGCAAAAAUGACGCAACUAAUAUCUACGUUCGUCAAUGUCGCCUGUGCUGUGGAAGCCCGGGAACCAUGUCAAGAUAUACAUUUGGAGGUCACGCAACCUCCAUCCGACACAUGGAAGAAUCAAGUGUUCACACCCAGACGCUCCCUCACUUGCGGGCUGGCGCAUUGGGCCGUGGUCAGCGACGGCAACGCCAGGGUGAUGAUGGCUAGCACACCAGUCAACACGGAGCUCAUCGGCAGGGUUAUAGACGUGGCCUGUGGACGACACCACACUCUCAUUUUAACGGAAAAUGGAUUGUACAGCGCGGGCGACAACACGUUCGGUCAGCUGGGCGUGGGGCGGCGGUGGCGCGGCGCGGCGGGCGAGGCGGCGCGCGCGUCGGGCGGCGUGCUGCGCGUGCGGCUCGCGGGGGGCGCGCCCCUCGUGUGCGUCGCCGCCGGACACUACCACUCCGCCGCGGUGGACGCCGGCGGGCGACUCCUCACGUGGGGGUGGGGAGUGCACGGUCAGCUGGGCCUCGGAAACAUCGACGAUCAGUGGACCCCACAACUGGUUACGAAGUUUUUGGGGAGAAAGGUGCAGAGCGUGGGGUGCGGCGCGUGCCACUCGGUACUGCUGACGCGUGGCGGCGAGCUGUGGGCGUGCGGCGCCAGCGUGUUCGGGCAGCUGGGCACGGGGCAGCGCGGCAAGGCGUCGCUACCGGUGCGCGUGGCGCUGCACGAACCCGUACGCGCCCUAGCCGCCGGAUACUUUCAUAACUUGGCGUUAACACAUAAAGGCGAGGUGUACGUGUGGGGCGCCAGUCCGCAGCAGGUGCGCGCCGCCGCCGCACGACGCGCCGCAGAGCCCUCCUCCCCCACCCUGCCCUUCCACGACGAUAACGACAGAUACCUCGCACCCUCCUGCGUCGAUACUACCAACGUGCGAGGGAGAAUCGUACAGAUAUCCGCUGGUUGGCAUCAUUCAUGCAUAAUAAACAACAUGGGCUCUAUUUAUACCUGGGGACUUAAUUUCGAUGGACAGCUAGGCAGUGGCGAUAGAAAACAAAUACAGAUUCCAACCGAAGUUAAAAUUCGUACGGAGACACAACCUCAUACUAUGAAAAGCGAUAGUGAGAAAACUACAGAUGCUGAUGAAAAUAUGGAGUUUAAUACCAAAGCGUUGGUCGGGUGCGGUGGUGACUUCACCGUCUAUAUCGACGACGAUGGACGAAUUUAUUCCACUGGCAACACUCAUUUACAGAUCUCCAAUGAGAAAACGAAAGGAGGUAAUCGGGUUAUUAUGAUGAAAACAACGAAACGCGUAAUCAAGAUUCCAGCGAGCCGCACGAACCAUAAGUUCCUGUUCCAGCCCGUUGCCGCUGUCGACAUGUUAUCUAGCGCCAACGACUUGCAAAGGCAACCUAUAGUAUCCCAGCUAAACCCACUACAGUCCAUGAAGGAUUUCAAAAGGAAGUCCUGGGCCGAUGACGUCAUAAUGCUACUCAAACCGUGGAUAAACGAAGCCAAUGUAGCAAGGAAUUUAAAUAUGGCUGCCAAAUUUGCUUAUCAUAAUAACGCAUACUCUGAGUGUUUGAGGUUAAUGUUAGAGAAUUUAAAACGCGGUCCCCAAAACGAUUGCUUCUACGUGCAACACAGCACGCCCCUUGAGAUUGAACACAGCGCGGACUGCGAGGCUGGACCGCCUACCCGCAAAGACGAGGUCAAAAUAACUAUUACAAAUGUCAUAGCAAAAAGGAUAAAAGAUGUGUCCUUGGCUAUUCUGAACGAUGUCGCCUAUAACGUAAUAGAUCCAUCAACCUUUAAAUCAUUACCGUGUUGCUGUGAUGAAUUAAAAUAUCUGUUGAAGAAAAAACUACCCAAUGCAACGGUAAACAUUUUCGAACAAGAUCUCUCUGGUAAAGCAGCUGAUGUGAUUGAUAAAUUGAUAAACAUAUUCCCCGUGGACGCAGCACUGUGGGAAAUAUGUUUCCGUUUGUCUAAAGAUUUUUACAUUAAUAACAGUUUAUCUAUAACUGAACUGGAACGUGUUUUGCGUAAGUAUAUGGAAUCGAAUGCUACUACAAUGAUUACUGCGAUACUGUAUUCGAAAGAUUGUUCAGAAUACAGUGAGAUUUUGUCACCAAAAUUUUACUUGAAUAUGUGCAAUCAGGUAAUGGACACAUGGGGCUGAAUUAGCAAGGGAUUUGAAAGAUGACUCAGAGCAAUUAUUGGUGUUCGUUUCCAAUGAUAUCCAUCGAAUUAAUUUUUGCAUCAAUUUGCAGAUCCCUUGAUCUUAUCGUAGAUUUAAUAUUAAUUAUCGUAGAUUUUUUAAACAUUAUUAUAACCUACAAGUAUUCGCAAUUGCGAUACUAUUAUUGUAAUACUAAACAAUGAGCGAUUAUUUUUAAAACUAAUUAAAUUAUAAAAUUGUUUUGUUUGAUUUUUCGAUUGUUCGAAUUUGUUAUUCCUACAGGAUUAUGUUUUAAUGUUAUUUUAUUACUUUUAUUUCUUUAUUAUGAUAAAUUUAUGAAUAAAAUCAGGUUAUUAUUGUGUAAUGUACGUGGACCGCCAAGAGAAACGAGACUGUCUACGAUUUGCUACCAGAAGGUUCUUGGUUACUUUAGUCAUAUUGCUCGGCGGCCACCAGACAACCUUGAAAGAUUGAUUGUGGUGGGCAAGGUAGAAGGGAAAAAACCCGCCGGCCGGCCACCAUACCGUUGGUCGGAUCAGAUAUCUGCGCUCACUAGACUCUCUGUUGCGAACGCCCUGAGAGAAGCCGAAAACCGAAGCAAAUGGAAGCUGAGGGUACAAAGAGCCACGAAGGGCUUUCAAGGACAUGACCUUCAGCAAUGAAAUAUUCGACUAAGAAGAAGAAGAGAAUAUACAGGAAAGUUAAGCUAAGUCGAGCUUGAAAAACCUUGUAUUUUUUCUGUAAUACCUAUAACUUACCUGGUAUGUCACACUAUUCAUGCUCACCCAGUUCAAUGUUUGUGUAAUCUAAGAGGUUCUGUAUCCUGUUUCGAUUUUAUAGUUGCUAUUCAUUUUUUCUACGCUUAAAUUCUUUGAAAUAGCAAUUUAAUCAAUAGAUUAAAAAGCAAUAGCUUUGGUAACAGUAAUCGCUCAUUAUCCUGGAUCCUAUAAUGGAAAUUUUACUUAAUAACCAUACACCUCUAAUGAGAUUAAAUCCCCUUAGACUAUAUUUAUAGGAAAUAAUACAUUUUCUACUCUUUUUAGUAUUUGUGCUCUCUUAUAGACUGAUUUUGUUUGUGUUAAAAUAUGUAGUAGUAUAUGUAUGUGUAUAUAAGUUUCUAAGUUUUUAUGUGUUAUCAUUGGUGAUUUUGGCAUGAUUUUAUACAAGUAUAUAUAUUUUUUCAAUGUUUGUUAUGUCCGUUUUGUUUAUGUAAAGAUUGUUGUCAAUUCUAUAAGAUACGCAGCAGUUUGCACAGUACUUUAUGUAGUAGAUUUAGCCGGACUGAAUAUAUGAAGGCGUACUGAACUUCCAAACGUGCUUAGUCGUGGGAGAACUUUUUUUGGCGUCAUUCGGUAAUUCAUUGCCAUCGUAUUUACUAUAGUAGAAUUAUUUUGUCCGUGCAGUUUGGGUCAUAAAAAGUCGGAGCAGUGAAGCAAGUAUUUCGCUCUUUCUUCCACUCAUGAGCCUUAUGGACGGGCAUAGUGAUGCGCAUUAUUGUUGUCGAUAAGCGUUAUCGAUAGUGUAUUUAGUUUUGUCAUUUUGUGGGUUAGUGAUAAAAAUGAAAGAAAAAAUCACUAAUCGAACAUUUACAUCACAUAUCGCCGCAGAAAGUUAACGAGCUUUGUAACUUUUCGGGAUCUAUUCUUAUUUCAGUUAAAAUUUUUAACACAUUGUUGAUAACAACACGUGCAAUAUUAUUUUGAAUGAAUUCUGCUGUUUUGAUACAAAACAAAGGAGUAGCCAUUGUGUCAGUAAAGAAAUUCAGAGAAUGAAUGCAUAAAAACACAUUUCUCUUCGACAUAAUGUAAUUUAAUUUGCAGGUAAGUACAAAUGACUCAUAACAUAUCAAUGUCUCACCACCCUUCGUAUACCACCCUGCCGCCGUGUACCUGCCUUCGAUGACUCAUUAGUUUUUAUCAAUAAUUGCGUUGCGCCCGCGCAACAUGCUCGCCGCCCUAGCCGGGCUAUGUUUUAAGACCCAAACUGCACGGACAAAAUUACUAUAAUUACAUUCAUUUCAAUUAAUACAAUAACCCUGCUGAAGUCGAAGCCGACUAAAUUAGCCCGCGUGUACUGUAUUAGUCUUAUGAAAAUGAUACAACGGACCGCCUUAGUUAAAUUCAUGAGAGAUUCACACCAAAAUUGUAAAUGUCAUUCGUUUCUUCAGCGGAGGCUUGCCGUGAUCUAGUAAUUUAAUGUUGCAACCAAUCAUACUUCUCUAUUCCAAUUACGAAGUCUAAUGAUACAGAUGUUAUUAUUAUGUUAUUGUGUGUGUGAAUUAAUUGUAUCUUGAUUUAAAUUGAUUGUGUAUUUUUUAAAUGAUGUUUACGACCAUGAACAAAAAAUGUUUAUUAUUUUAAAUUAUGCGAAAAGUGAAGAGUUACGUUCUAAGAAGUGUCAAAAGGACCUUCGUAAUUAAAAUAGAGUUAGUCACCGCUUUAUCCACCGCUACCUUCUUACUUCACGAGUCAUUUCUUCCGACUGUUACUCUUAACUUUAGUUGUUAGAUAAAGUUCCAGAACGACCUACUUCUAAUUCUGUUUUAUAGCUUUUCGUAAUGCUAUCGACUAAGCACAGAUUGUAUUGUUCGGUAAAUUGACUGUAGAUUUAAUAUAUCCAUUAUAAAGUAGAUGUUUUAUAUCCAUGACAUUUUACAAUGAUUAUCCUUUACUAUAUUAAUGUAUUUCAACUAGAUUAAUUUAAAAAUGAAAUUGUUGAUUUUCUUUCUACAACACGAAUUGUUUACUCGUUAGUUUGUCUAGUCAAGAUUUCUAUUUUAUACGUUUGUUAACACAAUUAAGUUUUGAACUUUGUUUGUUUGUUUUUAUGAAUUUCCCAUUUAAAUUUUUUGUUAUAAUGUUUUUUAGUUAAGAAAUAAAAAUAAAACUUUCUUACAUGAAUGUAUUCUGGUAUUUACAAAACAAGAUAAAUACACAAA